ACAGGUCUUAAGCUACUGAUUAAGGCUUGCAGAAGCAAUAUUGUGAAAUCGCUAUAAAACGACACCAUCGAAAAAAUCCUAUUACACCCAAACCGUCCACAUUUAACACCUCGCACAACUAUCGAUCAUCACUCUCUCACAUCGCCAUCCUCACAGACAAUGCGUCUCUCUCUAUAUUCGAUUUCGGUUGGGCUCUGCCUCUUUCACAGCGUCCUCGGCGACGGCGGCAGUGUGAAAUUCGCGCCCGCCGAAGGUACACCAGGGGAUACUGUGACAUGCACGAGCACGGUGUUCGACGACGCGGACCUUGCUGCUUUCCUCGAAGCUGAGAGCAUAGAUGAUUGCACAAGAGUUGGGAACAACUUUGUCUUCGAUGAGGGUUUUAUUUUCAGGUGUGGUGAUGAUCUUGAGAAUGAGAUUCUUACCGCUUGCCAGGGGCCAAUUAAUGGGGUGUCAACAUGCAAGAAGGGCGCCCCGGCCGGGCUGGGGUAG